AUGGCAUGGCGAUGCUCAGGGUCCACUAACCAGGAGCUGAUUGAGAACAUGUGGAGGCACAAGCUCAUCAGCGAUCCGCGCGUCAAGGAAGCUUUCUUGAAGGUUGAUCGUCGCCAUUAUACCCCGUCGCGCCCGUACGAAGACUCACCACAGUACAUUGGCUACCAAGCCACGAUAUCCGCGCCGCACAUGCAUGCCAGCGCCCUGGAGCACCUCAUCUCCUUCAUGAUGCCGUCCGACGCGUCCCCAGCGCCGCGUGCGCUCGACAUUGGCUCGGGCUCGGGCUACCUGACCCACGUCAUGGCGCAGCUCGUCGGCCCUCGUGGGCUGGUUGUCGGCGUCGAGCACAUCAACGCGCUGCGCGACAAGGGCGAGGCCAACAUGCGCAAGAGCACCGAAGGCAAGCAGCUGUUGAGCAGCGGCAAGGUCAAGUUUGUCGCGGCGGACGGCCGAAAGGGUCUCGAGGAGCCGGCACGAAAGGGCGAGGAGGCGCUGGGGACGCAGUGGGACGCAAUUCACGUCGGGGCGUCUGCGAGUAAGGUGCACGAUGAGUUGAUUGACCAGCUAAAAUCACCAGGAUGCAUGUUUAUUCCCGUUGAGGACGAAGACGACCCAGACUCGCAGUACGUCUGGCGCAUUGAAAAGAACAAGGACGGCAAAAUUUCACGAAAGAGACUCUUUGGAGUAAGAUAUGUUCCACUUACAGAUGCGCCAAAGGAGGAAAUCUUUUAG